UAGUAGAUGAUUAGAGAUAUAGAGGAGAAUUUAUAAAUUAUGGAAACUGAUGAUUGUGAAAAUGAUCUUGAAUACAAAAUCAAAUAAAAUGCUAAAAUGUGUUUAGGAAUCUCACUAAAAGAAGUCACACCAUAAUUAAGGAAUUAUUAAAAUUAAAUGAUGAAAUAAGUACAAUUAGAAAGACCUACACAAAACUUAAAAGUUGAUUUUGAAUAAGAAUAUAUUGAUACAUUAAUUUUGGAUAGAAAUGAGAGAAUCAAAUCAUUAGGAGAAAAAUUGAAAAAAAUGAAUGAAUUAUUUAAAGAAAUGAAUCGAUUAGUUAUUGAAUAAGGAACUUUAUUAGAUAGAAUCGAUUUUAAUAUAGAUUAAACUUUUACAAGAAUUAAAAAAGGAAAAUAAUAAUUAAUUCAAGCAAAUACAAAACAAGAGACUAGUGACAGAGCUUAGAAAUGUAUUUGUAUUUUAGUUGGAUUAAAUAUUUUUAUAGCUUUUUUAUUUGUAAUUAAACAUACAUUAUUUUGA